AUGAGCUGCUACUAUGGCAACUACUAUGGAGGGCUGGGCUAUGGCUAUGGUGGCCUAGGCUGUGGCUAUGGCUGUGGCUAUGGUGGCUAUGGCUGUGGCUAUGGUGGCUAUGGCUAUGGUGGCCUAGGCUAUGGCUAUGGUGGCUAUGGUUAUGGAUGCUGCCGCCCACUCUGCUACAGAAGAUAUUAUUCCUAUGGCUUCUACUGA